CAGUAUCUGUGGUUGUUCCCAUCUCUACUUCUCUCCGUGCUUCCUCUCCAUCCUUUCAUCUCAGAGACAAUAAAAUAAAGCUCUUUCUUUUUGUUCAUUAAUUUACGCCAUUCAUCUUCUUCUUGCUGGUCUUCUUUUUCCUUUUGCAGCACGAAUCGCUAGAUUCUGCAGUGUUUUCUGCUCCUGUAUGUGUGUAUAUAUUGUAUAUAUGCAUAGAUUCAGGUUUUUGUAGUGAUAGCCUCUUUUUUUUUCUUUUUUUUUUGAGUUCUGGUUCUUGGUGAUCUGAGUUUCGAGUUUACCCGGCCGUGAAGGCUCGGGAUCCGGCGACCAGAUGGCGGAGGAAAAUUGGAUUGCCGGAGGACCGGACCCGAACGCAAGCUAUUUGCAGAAGUUCGGACUCUACGAGACUAGCUCGUAUUUCUAUAUGAUAGGAAGGGACAAGGAUAGAACUAUGUGGAGGGUGUUAAAGAUUGACCGCCUAGAGCCUUCUGAACUAAACAUUGUUGAAGAUUGUACUACAUACUCCGAAACUGAAUACCGUGAUAUAUUAAGACGGAUACAUGAAGGAAAUAGGCCUACUGGUGGACUUAAAUUUGUCACUGUUUGUUAUGGAAUAAUUGGUUUCAUAAAAUUUUUGGGACCUUAUUACAUGCUACUUAUCACAAAAAGAAGGAAGCUAGGUCUGAUUUGUGGGCACACCAUCUAUGCCAUUUCCAAGAGCAAGAUGAUUUCUAUACCACAUGCUUCUGUUCUACCCAAAGUGGCUAAUUCUAAGGAUGAGAAAAGAUACAAGAAGCUUCUUUGCAUGGUGGAUCUUACAAAGGACUUCUUUUUUAGCUACUCAUACAAUGUCAUGCAUAGUCUUCAAAAAAAUUUAUGCAACAGUGGAACAGGACAAGUUCAGUAUCAGUAUGAAACAAUGUUUGUAUGGAAUGAGUACUUAACUAGAGGAAUCAGGGAUAAUCUCAAGAAUAAUCUGUGGACAGUUGCAUUAGUUUAUGGCUUCUUCAAGCAGGUCAAACUUUCUGUAUCUGGAAGGGACGUUAAUUUGACUCUCAUUGCUCGGCGUUCACGACAUUAUGCUGGAACAAGAUAUUUGAAGCGCGGCGUAAAUGAUAAGGGUAGAGUAGCUAAUGAUGUUGAGACAGAACAAAUUGUGUCGGAAAAUGUUCCUGAAGGAAGCCCUAUGCAAAUAAGUUCUGUUGUCCAGAUUCGGGGUUCGAUCCCACUUUUCUGGUCCCAGGAAACUUCGCGCUUGAAUUUGAAACCCAAUAUCCUAUUAUCAAAGAAGGACACCAAUUACGAGGCAACAAGACUUCAUUUUGUGAAUCUUGCAAAGAGAUAUGGAAAUCCAAUAAUUAUAUUAAAUUUAAUAAGGACACAUGAGAAGAAACCUCGAGAAAGUAUCCUCUGUGCAGAGUUUGCAAAUGCUGUCAGAUUUAUCAAUAAGAGUUCAACUAAGGAAAGCCGUUUGAGGUUCUUACACUUGGAUCUGCACAAACACUCUAGAAACAAAGCUGCAAAUGUGUUGGCACAUCUAAGCAGGGUAGCUGCAUAUCCAUUAAAUUUAACUGGCUUCUUUCACUGUCAAGUGAGACCAAAUUUUAGACAAGAGGGACUGUUGAAUAUUUCCUUCUCUGAACAAAAUGUCUGUGAUUGCUCCAUCCUUUCUGACAAUGCUGAUUCUAUCAAGGUGGGGAAAGAUGUCAGCAAAGAAAUAAGCUAUUCUACUGAAAAUGACUGUAUAAAGCCCCUAAUGUUUCAGAAAGGGGUCCUUAGGACCAACUGCAUAGACUGUUUAGAUCGCACUAAUGUUGCACAAUUUGCCUAUGGUUUUGUGGCGCUUGGUCGUCAACUUCAUGCUUUGGGAUUUACGACAUCAUCAGAUAUUGAACUUGAUAAUCCUUUGGCUGAGGAUUUGACAAGAAUUUAUGAGACAAUGGGUGACACACUUGCAAUUCAGUAUGGUGGUUCUGCUGCACACAACAAGAUAUUUUCUCAAUGGCGAGGUCAAUGGAAGGCAGCGACUCAGUCCCAGGAAUUCUUUAGAACUUUACAACGUUACUACAGCAAUGCUUACAUGGAUGCUGAGAAGCAAAAUGCCAUUAAUGUGUUCUUGGGUCACUUUCAACCACAACAGGGUAAACCAGCACUCUGGGAAUUGGAUUCAGACCAGCAUCACAAUGUUGGAACACAAUCUUCUAAUUCUCUUAUUGAGAAUUCUACGUCACAUUUUAAAAGAUCACUCUCUGAUGGCAAUAUCGCAAGUGACUCAUCCAUUCCCCCUUCAAAUGGUGCAUGCAAUCGAACUCUCUUUGGGCAGACAGAAGCUAACCAGGGUCUCUCAGAUUCCAUGCCAGAGAUAUUAACUUGCAAAAGUGGCUUAUCUUAUGCCAGGAAACGUUUUGGAGAUAUGGAAAAUAAUUAUUUUUUCGAAAGUGAUUACAUCUGUUAUGAUGAAAAUGGAGAUGAAUGUAGCUGCACAAGUUUUGAUAAGGAUUGGCUAUCGUCAUCAGGAAAUUCCUGUGAAGAUGAUCUGUAUGACAGGUACUUUGACAGGUCUAUUGCUGGCCUAUCCUCCUCUGAGAAUGUUGCUGAUCUGAAAAUUGAAAUUACUACAUCUCCCAGUGAAUCUGGUUCAAGCAUUAAGGGAGGGAACCGAUCAGCAUCCAUGUAUACCACCUACUCCGACAUCAAUCUGGAUGAAUUUUCCGAUAGCUUUGCGCACUGGGUUGCUGAUGGAGAAAUGCUUGGUCCAUUGACGUCUAAAUCAAUUUAGUUACAUUAUAACAUUCAUUUCAACUUGCACAUAAUUGAAUCCAUCCAAAGGAUCUGGAUUCUUAACGGGAAUAAAGAGGAAGAAGAGAUCUCGACCGAAAAAAGAAUUGCGGCCUUACCACAAUAUUGGAUCCCAGAGUGGGGAUGAAGGUAGAAGAGGUACAGGCGGAGAAACGGUACAUAACCAUUUUAUUUUUGGAGCACCAGGCUCUCAAUUUAGGGGAAGUUCCAUACACUUUAGGCAGCCUCGUAAAUAUUUGUAGGUUCGUUUUCCUUUCUGUUGUAUUUUUCCAUAAUCAUUCAUGUACAUUUGGGAAUGGCAUAUUUGACAUUUUAGAUGGAUGCUGCUUUUCAGAAUUGUAAAGCUUGCUACUGGAAGGCAAAAGCAAU